AUCUGCGCUUUAGAAGAAGAUAAAGUGAAGUAAUUUUCCAUUUGAUUCUUUACUGUUUAUGGUGAUAGAACUUAUACUAACUGUGUUUCGCUUGUUUUGGCUUGACUAUGCAAGUUUUAAAUUAUUUCUUUCGGAUUGAAUUAAUACUAUAUAAGUGAUGAGGUCUUCGGCUGAGAGUAUCGCCAUUAAAAAUAAGUUUCGCGGAUAGACUAAAGCCGUAGUCUCAUAACGUAGUAUAACUUUCUAGUUCAAAGUGUUUCCCUAGUCAUUUUUAUUUUACUAUUUCGUCUCCCUAAAUUAUUUUUAAUUGACAAUCAAUAUGCACCGGUACUGUCCAACAACAAAAAAUUUGGACCUAAUAUUCAAGACAGUCACAUUGACACAGCAACCAAUGGCUGGAUUUGCGUCUCAAUCGGCUUUGCGGUCAAAGUGGGGAGAUUUAGUAGAGAGUGGUACAUCAAAUUUACCCGAACCAACCGAAGUGACGAAAGGACUGAAGAGUGUCGUCGGAUGGUUGAAACAGGCGUCAAUCGAGGUAAAGGAAGCUGGAAAAAGAGCUAUUCAAGUUACACCGAAUGUCUUGUCUUCAUCUGUUUUAGGUACUUAUAUCCGUAACUUAUUGUCUUUCGAUAUUAAUACUUUACCGACAUUUCAUUACAACACUUCAGGUCGUGAUAGCAGAAAAAUGUCCUCCACCACAAACAACGCUCUCUACAUUUUACAUUACAAUGAUAUUUAUAACAUCGAUGCAAACUCUACGGCUGAACCAAUCGGCGGUGCUUCAAGAUUUUCCACUGCAAUGAAGUCAUUCAGUCACUUAAAUCCGCUGAUAUUGUUUAGUGGCGACGCAUUUUCACCUAGCAUGUUGAGUACGUUUACGAAAGGUGAGCAAAUGGUACCUGUUCUAAAUGAUGUUGGGACGAUGUGUGCAGUAUUCGGAAACCACGAUUUUGAUCACGGUUUGGAGGUACUGGCUAAACAUACUGAAAAAACCAACUUUCCAUGGCUGAUGUCUAACGUCAUCGAUAACGAAACGGGGAGACCACUUGGUGGCGGUAAGAUAACACACUUCCUAUUACACGAUAAUAUUCGCAUCGGUCUAAUUGGGCUCGUGGAGAAGGAAUGGUUGGACACUCUACCCACGAUUGAUUCCAAAGAAGUGACCUACAUUGACUUCGUCCAGGCGGGAAAUGAUUUGGCUGAUGAACUGAGAAACGAGGGUUGUGAAAUAAUAAUUGCGUUGACUCACAUGCGGACACCGAAUGAUCUAGAGCUUGCGAAAAAUUGUUCUAAAAUCGAUCUGAUAUUGGGUGGACACGAUCACGUCUUUGAAGUAAAUGUGGUCAACGGUAUAAGUGUAAUAAAAUCGGGCACAGACUUUCGCCAGUUCUCCAAAAUUGCCAUUGGCAAAGAGCGGAACAGUGACGGUAAAUUGGACGUGACUGUGGAACAAAUUGACGUUACAUCGAAAUAUGCAGAAGAUAAGGCAUUGAAAGACGAACUCGUGCAAUAUUCCAGUAUGAUUGAAUCGAAAAUGGGCGAGGUGUUGGGAAACUUUUGUGUCGAAUUAAACGGCCUCUUUUCGGCUAUUCGAACUUCCGAAACAAAUCUGGGAAAUUGGGUUUGUGAUGUUGUGCUGUCAGCUACUGGCGCAGAUGUGGUCAUCAUAAAUUCGGGUACCUUCCGUUCCGAUCAAAUCCAUCCAGCCGGGCCAUUUACUAUGAAAGACUUAGUUAGUGUUGUACCUAUGAGAGAUCCACUGAUUGUUUUAGAAGUGUCGGGUAAAGAUUUGUUGGACGCAUUGGAAAAUGCCGUUUCCGCAUAUCCAAAAUUGGAAGGCCGCUUCCCUCAGGUGUCUGGCAUUUCGUUUGUAUUCAAUUCCACGAAACCACCAGGAAGUCGCGUUGAGCCACAAUUGGUGCAAGUUGCUGACGAAUGGUUGAAUCUGGAUCAGAAAUACUCGUUGUGUAUCAAAAGUUAUAUGUAUGGAGGCUGCGAUGGUUUCACAAUGUUCAAAGACAAAAAAGUUUUGAUGGACGAUGACGAAUGCCCAGAACUUGGAUUAGCUAUUCAGAACCACUUCCAUGCCAUCAAUGUUCGAACGGGCAAAGCUAAACAUUCUAAACAUCGACAGUCGCUGGUAACUCUGUCCAGACGGCACAGUAUGGUACAGAUGCUUGAAGAUUUGGAUUUGGAUGGUCCAUCACCAGUUAGACGUCGGAUAUCCUUGACAAAUCAACCGAAAUCCAUUGACAUUUCGCACAAUAAAAAUAAAUUGUGUCGUCGGGCUUCGUUGGAGGAUUUGGAACAAGUGAGCUGUCAGCUGGCACCGACCAUUCAACAUCGAAUCAUUGUCGUCGACAGCGAAGAAUACAUAGAACAGUUGAUUCGUAAGCGACAAACAAUGGCUAACACAGAUGUUAUAAAAGAGGAUGAUGAGAAUUACACUUAAAUUUUAACAGUUCGCUUAAUUAAAUAUUUUAAUGGUCUGAA